AUGGAAACAAAUGGGACAGAGGAUGAAGUAAAAAAUUCCGAAGUUAUAUGGGAAUCGUUAUAUAACGACUUUGAAGAAAUAACAGACACAAAUAAAAAACAUUUUAAUUAUAUCGAGAAUAGUUUGUAUAACUUUUGCAAAGGAGUGCAUUCCACAUCAAAAUCGAAUUACAAUUUAAAAAAUCGAACCCCUGAUAUAUAUGAAAACAAUAAUUCUAAUACAAAAAAUAAUGAAAAUAAUAAAUUAGAACAAAUUGAAAAUUAUAAUAUUAAUAAUAAUGAAGAAAAUAAUAAUCAGCUAGCUAAUUUAUCAAAUGAUAAUAAACUAGCCAUAACACAAAAUAAUGUUAAUAAUUUUGAUGAUAUAAAAAAAAAAUAUAAUUCUUAUGGUAAAAUUUAUAAUAAUGAAAAUGAUUAUUUAAAAAAUAAUUAUGUAGAUAAUGAUAGUGAUUAUUUAAAAGCAGAGACACAUAUAAGUUAUAACGAUGUUAUAAAUAGUGAUAAAACACGAAAUUCUGAUAAUUUAAAUGUUUCUCUUUCCCAUUUAAACUCAGAAUUAAAAAAAAAAACACACACAUUAAAUGAUAUGAAUAAUGCUAGAAAAAAUCAUACCCUAAAUAGUAGUACAAAAAAUGUAGUAUCAUUUAUGAGUGAAUGUGGAAAUACAAAAAAAAAUAUUAACAUUGAUGAAAUGCGAAAAGAUUUUUUUCGAAAAAGAGAAGAAGAUUAUUCAUACUUGUUAAGUAAUAAAAAAAUUUAUGAUGACGCAAAAAGUUGUGGAAGUGAAAUGUUAUAUUCAUCACGAUUUAGUGCAUUUGAUAAUUAUAAAAAAAAUAAUAUACUAAAUAAAUUAAAAAAUAAUACAAAUUUUGAUGUAAAAACAGAAUAUAAUUUAAAUCUUAAUAAUAGUGGAAGUAGUGAAAAAAAUGUUUCUCUUAUAGAUAUCCGAAAUAUAGCAAAAAAUAUGAAUAUAAAUUUAAGUAAUUUAAAUUCAUUGGAAAAAUUAGAUAUGUUAUUAAAAAAAAAAAAUAAUAAUUUAGCUAGUAACUAUAGUACUGGAAAUCCAGAUUUAUCUUUUUUUUUAAAUCAUGAAAAAAAUAAUGAUCGAUCAAGAAAAGCUUUAUCACAAUGUGCCAAUAAUGAUUAUAAAAUGUAUUCACAUAUGCUAGAAAAAUUAAGUAUGCAUUCUGGGAAAUAUGGUAAAAAUGAAAAUUCAAAAAUAGCCACUAUUGAAGAUGCUGAUCAUGAAGCAUUAAUAAAUAGAUCAAAAAAAUUAUUAGAAAUAAGUAAAAAAUGUUUAAGUGAAAAUAAAAAUGAUGAAAAAAAAUAUAAUACAAAUACUUUUAGUGAUUUAAAUUCAAAAAAUAUUAAUAAAAAAAGUCAAAAUUUUAUAUUAUCAAAAUUAAUUAGAAAUUGUCAUUCCACUGGUGCUCCUUCUGUCGCUGGUAUUUCAGUAGUUAGCGAAAAAACUAAUCCUAAUCAUACUAUGAAAAAUAUAGAAUUCGAAUUAAAUGAUAGUAAAAAUGAAAUAAGUUCUGUUAAACAUGGUUCUAUACAUGGUGGUGGACAUACUUAUGAAUAUUCAGGAAAAGAUUAUAUUAAUUUUAAAAAAGGAAAAAAUAUAAUAUCAAGUGCUAGCCAAAUUGAUGUAUUAAGUCAAGUAGAUGAUAAAGAAAAAGAAAAAAAUGAAAAAGAAUAUAAUAAAUGUUUAUAUAAUCUAUUUGAAGCUUAUGAUAAAGAAAAAUUAACUGAUGUAUAUGGGGCAGAAAAUGAUAAAAAUGAUGAUGGAAAAAUAAAUAUUACAAAUAAUAAUGAAUCAUAUAUUUCGAGUUUAAAAGGACAUAAUAAAACAAAUAUUGAAAAUGGAUAUGAUUUAAAAAGCUAUGAAUUUAAUUUAGAUUAUCAAGAUUCUGAUGACGAUUUAAAAGAAAGUAGUGAAAAAAAAAUAAGUGAUGAAAUAAAAAUAUUAAAAAAUAAAUUAAUUGAAGGAAGAAUUGGUAUAAUUGAUGAUAAUAAUAGUGUUUGCAGUAAAAAAAAUAUUUCAAGUUCAAAUAGUAUGAUACAUUUAUAUGAACAUAAUAAAGAUAAUGGGCUUUAUAAUGAAAAAUUAAAAAAAGGAAUUAUUGAAUGUGGAGAUUUAGAACAUAUAUCAGAUGAAUUCUUUAAUAAAAAUUAUAAUGGCAAUGAUAUAAAACUUUUAUUUAAAGAAAAUAUGUUUUUACAAGAAUUAUGUGAAAAAAGAAAAGUACUUAUACAAAAAUAUAAAAAUGAAAAAUCCAAAUUAUGUGUAGAAAUGAAAACACUUUUAAGUUUUAAUAAUAAUUUAAAUUGUGCACUAAAAGAAAAAGAAGCAGAAAUUAAUAUUUUAAAAAAAGAAAAAGAAGAAUUAGAAACUAAUUUAAUGAAACAAUUAGCUAAUAAUACUAAUAAUAAAUUUGGAUUUUUAAAAAAUUUUCAAUCACAACAUAGUACAAGCAAACAUGAAAAAGGCACAAGUUUCAAUACUUGUAGUAGUAAUGAAUAUAAUAUGUUAUGUGAUAAAAAUGGUGUACAAUCACGUUACACUAAUGAUAAUAAUAAUUCAUCUGUGAUUAAAAGUUAUGAAGACAAAAUUCAAGAACUUUUAAUUCAAAUUAAAAUGUAUCAAAAAAAAAAUAGCGAUUUACAAGAACAAUUGAAAAUAUUUAUGAACGAGUAA